CCUCGGCUUCCGGCUGGGCCGGAAACGCCUCACAACGUCGAGAGGCGCCGUGGUGGAAGGAGGUGGCGGUUGUUUUGCGCGGCCAUGCCGUCGAGGGAGCUGCAGAUGAAGACGGUGGCCGCCCUGAGGAGGAGCCGGAAGGGAAGGCUGCCCUACCGCCGCGACUGGAGCCCCCAGGCCCAGGAAAUCCUGGAACAACAUAACAGACCCCCUGAGCUGUCCGCUUACUCCGGCUGGGUGCUAGAGAAAAUGCUUUCCUGUUCUCCAAAGCCGCGGCCUGUGUUGGUGUCACCGGAUAAUGAAUCUGCUCUCAUCCAUGGCCUGUCUUCUCUCACUAUUGACGCUUCUCCUGAUAAGCAUUUGGUCUCUACGCCUCUGUCAACGGACGCCCCCAGUGAAGCACAGGAUCCUAAGAAGUGGAGGGUCCCAGAGAGUGCUCAUGAAACCAAUGCUCACCCUCGUCGCUCCAAAAGCACCGAGAUAGAUGGCUUGAUCCGGUGGCACGAGGAAAUCCAGCAGCUGAAAGUGAAGGAAGAGCUGAAUCAGCGGCUGGAGCUGCAAGAGGAGGUGGUGAAGGCUGCCUCCGAGGAGGCUCGGGAGUUGCUCAAGCGCUUCGAUGAGCUGAAGGAGCUGAAACGGCACCAGGAGUGUCAACAGCUGCAACAAGAGAUAGAGAAGAGCAACAAAGAAGCUUUAGGGCAGCAGGAAAAGCUGAAGGAGGAGCAUCGGCAGAGAGCAAAGAUGGUGAGCCGGAAGCUGCGCGAGGCCGAGCAGCAGCGCCAGCGGCAGGAGGAGCUGGACCGCCUUCGCCGGGAGGAGGGCCAGGAGCGCCUGCGCCGCCUCUACUCCAUCCAGGAGGAGGUCUUGCGCCUCAACCAGCAGAUCGGCCUCAACCACAAACACAAAGACUUGCCCGGGAUCGACCUCUCCCUCUACAGUAACCGCGGCAAUCAGAUCUGCGGGGAAGUGUCGGGGAUUGUCCGCACGGCCAGUGAGAGAGGGUUACCCACGGAGACAGACGUGGCCUCCGCCGAUCAGGUGCUCCUGGAAAUGCACCAGCUGAUUUCCAACAUGCAGCACGAAGUGGCUUUGGCCCUGGAAAAGAAGAGGAGGCAGGAGGAGGAGCUGGCAGCGGCAGCCGUGGCAGCGGCGAACGAGAGGAAAGAGGAGUUGAAGAAGCAGGAGCAGGCCAAGUCCCAAGUCCCAGAUCAGGCAGGGCUUCGGGUGAAAGCGGAGGAGGUGACCAUGCAGUGGUAUCAGCAGCUGCAGAAAGAGUCCGCCCAGUGCGUGGCCGCCUUCGGUCGCUUGGCCAGCAGCAAAGACAGCCAGGAUAAAAAAAUUAAAAUGGAUUUACAGAAAGCGGCCACUAUCCCCGUUAGCCAGAUUUCCACCCGAGCAGGUUCUCAGCUGAAGGAGAUCUUUGAGAAGAUCCACAGCCUCCUUUCUGGGAAGCCCGUCCCCUGCGGCGGCCACAACGUCUCUGUCACUCAGCAUCCCGAAGGCCUCGAGUUUGUUUAUUUCAAACUGGCAGAAAAGUUUGUGAAACAAGGCGAGGAAGAGGUUGCCUCUCACCACGAGGCCGCUUUCCCCAUUGCCGUGGUGGCCUCGGGCAUCUGGGAGCUGCACCCGCGGGUGGGGGGCCUCAUCCUGGCCCAUCUGCACAAGAAGUGUCCCUACGCCGUGCCUUUCUACCCGGCCCUGAAGGAAGGGACCUCCCUGGAGGAAUAUCAGAGGAUCCUUGGCUACCAAGUGAAGGAUUCUAAUGUUGAGCCGCAGGACAACUUCCUGAAGCGCAUGUCUGGGAUGAUCCGUCUGUACGCUGCGAUACUUCAAAUGCAGUGGCCUUACAGAGAUCGACAAGGGGUUCACCCGCAUGGCUUAAAUCACGCGUGGCGCUGGCUGGCACAAAUGCUGAACAUGGAGCCCCUUGCAGACGUCACGGCCACCAUUCUGUUUGACUUCCUGGAGGUCUGUGGAAAUGCUCUCAUGAAGCAAUACCAAGUCCAGUUUUGGAAGAUGAUCCUGAUAAUCAAAGAAGAGUUUUUCCCAAGGAUGGAAGCCAUUACAAGUCCUGGAGAAAUGGGCUCCCUGAUAAGAUUCAAGCAGUUCUUGGAGAAAUGUUUGCAGCGGAAAGAAAUUCCUUUGCCGAAGGGUUUUCUGCCGCCGUCCUUCUGGAGGUCGUGACUCUGCUCCUCCCGUUUUCAGAAGCUCAGAGAAUGCCUUGGACUCGGACUCUCUCUUUUUAAACCUUUGGUGCCCGUGGAUGUCUCAGAGAAGUCACAACGAUUUCUUGUCUGUUGCCGUUUCCAGCUAAAGCCUGACAAGACCUUGACUUGUAUUUAUUUAGACCUUUACUUAGAGGAAUUUUGGGACACUCCUGUGUGGCAUUUGAGUGUCUCGGGACUCAUUUGGAUCCCAAAGGUAAACAAUUACAUUGUUUUUUUAUAUUUGAGCAAUAAAAGGAACCUUUCUGUGUCAUAUCA